AUGUCUGGUACUGUAGCAUUGCCCUCGAAGCCUGACCGAGGCUUCGCCAGCUGUGUGCUGCUGCUGACCUUGCGCACAUCCACAGCACACCCGGUGCCGAGCGCAGAGAAGUGCGGAGACUGCCCAUUGCUCUUCAGGAACCUCCUGCUCAACACCAAGGAGCUUCUCAGCAGUGAUGUCUUGUGUUUUGGCAUCGCCUCUGAUAGAAUGGUGGUUAGGAGUCAAGAUGACACAGUCCUGGCCUGCGUACCCACUCUGACUCAGAACUCAAGCUGCAUGAUGCAAAGAAAUUCAUCUUUCAGUGAGAGUGAAUGUCUGAGGAACAUCAGGAAGGACUUGGCCUACUAUGCUGCUGCUAUUCAGUCCUACCUCAAGUUCCCACUCAGAAGUCGCGUAGAAGAAGUUGCACUUCUGAGUCCAACUCUGGGAAUGAUACAGAGCCUGAGAGAGAGCUGCUCCCUGAUGGUGAAUGGAGAAGAUUUCUCUUCAGAGGAGAAUGCUGCCCAGGUGUGGGGAGAUGACACCUACAGUAACAGGCAGGAGAUGUGUAAGAUGAUGAGGGGCUUCCAUGUCCGAACCAUCACCAUCAGCCGAGCUAUGGGUUACAUCUCCUCAGGAGACCAUAGGAAGUAA